AUGGAAGACAUUCGAGUCGACACGUCGAUGGGCUCCUUCACCGUCGAGCUCUACCCGCAGCAGGCGCCCAAAGCGUGCCAGAACUUCACUGAGCUCUCGCGGCGCGGCUACUACGACGGCGUGGUCUUCCACCGCAUCAUCAAGGACUUUAUGCUGCAGGGCGGCGACCCAACUGGCACCGGCCGAGGCGGCGAGUCCAUCUUUGGCGGCAAGUUUGAGGAUGAGCUGACGCGCGAGCUCAAGCACACGGGCGCGGGCAUCCUCGCCAUGGCCAACUCUGGGCGCAACACCAACGGCUCGCAGUUCUACGUGACCCUCGCGCCCUGCCCGCACCUCGACGGCAAGCACACCAUCUUUGGGCGCAUCUCGGGCGGCAUGGCGACCAUCCGCCGACUCGGCCUCGCGCGGACCGACUCCAACGACAAGCCGGUGGACGACCUCAAAAUCCUGCGCGCGAGGCCCGCCUCAGAGUUCGGCAGCAGCGCUCUCGUCGCGACCAGGUAG